UUGAUCCCCUGGGAGCAGAUGGUGAAUGGUGGCUUACCUAGAUGCUUUGGAUCCAAGGAGCUAACAGAGGAGCAUGUCCAUGUUGCAACAGGUGACACCGAUUUUGAAGAGGGCUGUGAAACGAGGCUGAUGAGAUAAAACUGCAGGGAGGCAGACUGAAGCCAGACGAGACAGGAUGUUGCUGAGCGGUGUUGCUGCUGCUGUUCUGGUGCUCUGUGUGCAGCACCUGCAUGGCUCUGCUCUCACUGCUGUAUCCUCCUACGAGUUCACCGCCUAUAGGAUGCAACAGUACAAUUUGGGACAGCAAAAGCAUGGUUGCCGGGGAGCUAUUGUUGUGGCGGAGGCACGCUCAGCUGAUGAGCUGUCACUGACCCGCCGCUGUGUGGUCAUGAAGGUACAGGACUUUACUACAGAGAAAUAUCUGGAGGCCCAGGAGCAAAACGCCGCUGCUAUAUUGAUCCUGCUGCCAAAAAAUAUCUCCAGCAUCCCUCCGGACACCACACAGGCCUUUAUGCAGAGUGAGAGUGAGGCUCUGCAGGGGGAAAGCCUCAUUCCAGUGUAUGUUACACCUGAGGAUGAGCAGCUGCUUUACAUGUAUGAGGAGGUCAAGCAGGCUGCAGCCACACGGACCUCGUCCAUAUUUGUCAGAGUUCUCCGGAGUAUGGUCACAGCCACAGCGUUUCAGAUCCUAGUGAGCAGCAAUACACCCAUUAAGGCUGUUGGCGAUAAUGUUAUAGUCACACUGGAAGGUGUGCUUCCCGGAGGAGGAGAGGAUUCACCCACCAUAGUCAUCACCGCCCACUAUGACUCCUAUGGGCUGGCCCCAUGGCUGUCAUACGGAGCAGACUCCAACGGUAGUGGAGUGACCAUCCUGCUGGAGCUGGCACGUCUCUUCCAAAAACUUUAUAGUAACUCCAGCACUAGACCACGAUAUAAUCUAAUGUUUUCCUUGACUGGAGGAGGAAAAUACAACUUCCUGGGAACAAAGAGAUGGAUUGAAGAGAACCUGGACCAUGCUGAGUCCAGCCUGCUCCAUGACAGUGUGGCAUUUGUUCUGUGUUUGGAUACGCUGGCCAAGGGUGAUGAACUGUACGCACAUGUGUCCCGCCCUCCUAAGCCUGACACUCCUGUGCAUGCCUUCAUUCGACAGCUAGAGGAGGUGAUCUCCUCCCGAUUUUCCUGGGUGAAGGUGGGAGUGGUUCACAAGAAGAUCAAUCUUGUAGAGUCUACAGUAGCCUGGGAGCAUGAGCGCUACGGUUUACGGAGGCUCCAGGGAUUCACUCUGUCUCAUUUGGAAGACCCCAAAUCUGAGUUGCGUGGGUCUGUACUGGACACAAUGUCACAGGUGGAUUUUCGGAAACUUAAGCGCAACGGCAUCAUUAUAGCUGAAACACUGGCACGGUACAUGUACAAUCUCUCUGACAAGGGUUCACCAAAGGAUAUGCAGAUAUUCAAGGGCCAUCUGGAUUUCCAGGACAGUCGUAUGUCUAAUCUGAUGUCCUUCUUGACGUCAGUCCCUCGGGCCACCCAGCUCCUGGAUAAGGAGAGCAGUCAAAUCUUGCUGGUCAAUUCUCUGGAGCACGAGUUCAAACGUUAUCUACAGCAAGUCCACAGACACACCUUCAGACAGGACAAGAGGGACCCUGAUAUCACCUUUUUUGAUCAAAUGAACCAACCAGUAGUGAUGUACAGGGUGAAACCAGCAGCCUUUGAUCUGUUCCUGGGUGGCUGCAUCGCUGCAUAUUUGGGGAUUGUUUAUUACAUAAUCCAGAAUUUUGGAUUUCUUUACACAAAAAUUAAGGCAGCAGUUAAAUCCAAGCAGCAGUAAAAUCUGUAAGACUGUGAAUGCGGAGGCUGUGACAAGGGCUUUAAAGUCUACUCUGCACAUCUUGGACCUAUGCACCACUGAAAGUGCAGAACAUAGAAGCUGUUCUACAGGAGUCUUCUCAGAAUGAGCACAUGCAUAUCCUGUGAAGUUUGCAUUUGCUUUGCCAUGUAAAAGCUUUUUAUAGAUGUCUGUACCUUUGGUCUUAUACUAUACAAAAAACUCUUUUAACACUUUGAACACACUUUGUUUGGAUUCAAGAUUGCAAUAAAAGGAUUUUUUAAUCAUUUCUAAUGAA